AUGAGAUUCCUCGCUGUCCUCUCCGGCUUGUUGUCCACUUGGAGUAUACUAUGCGCCGCUGAAUCCAACGUCACCAGCUCGUCUGCGUCGCGCCUGGUUCUGCCCAAGGAGUUCAAGCCGCCACAGGUUUUCAAGAAUGCGAACCUCGUCCGGAACACGAAUCUGGAAAAGGGAUACGUCCGAGAGACGAUCAAUGUCGUCGUAGAGAACACGGCUAAACAGCCGCAGGCCGACUACUACCUCGCCUUCCCUUCGGACGUCUUUGACAGGAUUGGAGGACUCGAGGUUCGGAAUAAGAAGGCCCCAGGGAAGGGACGCUUCCAUGUUGAAGCUACACAGCUUGACAGCCCGAGUGAUUCGCAAUUCUACAAGAUUCAUUUCCCCGAACCGCUGGCUCCUUCGUCUCAGCUCACGUUGGCUAUCUCAUACUACAUUCUCUCUGCUCUGAACCCGCUCCCCAAGGCUAUCAAGCAAGACGCCCAGCAGUACCUGACCUACAGCUUCUCUGCUUACGCGCCCUCUGCCUACCCAACGGAGAACCAGAAGACCAAGAUCAAGUUCCCCAACACCAAUGUCCCGGAUUAUACGACUACCUCCGGACUGAAAUCUGGCAGCGAUCCUGAGAGACAGGGGAGCAGCUACACCUAUGGCCCUUACAAGAACGUGGCUGCGGGAGCUACGUAUCCGAUCACAGUCCGCUUCGAGGCAACCAAACCCAUUGUAGCCAGUGCACUGCUGGAAAGAGACCUCGAGGUGUCCCACUGGGGUGGAAACCUUGCGACGGAGGAGCGGUACUGGCUUCGGAACGAUGGUGCCAAACUGUCUGACCACUUUGACCGUGUCGACUGGACGCUGAAGACGUACACCAACAUGCCCACCUCUGCGCUUCGCGAGCUCAGGUACCCAUUGAAGCCAGGGUCUGUGGAUCCUUACUUCACUGAUGACAUUGGCAACGUGUCCACGAGCCGUUACCGGCCCGGGAACAAGGCGCAGCUGGAACUCAGGCCGCGCUACCCGGUCUUUGGCGGGUGGAAAUACAGCUUCCGGGUCGGCUGGAACAACGAGCUGUCUUCCUUCCUGCGCAAAUCCGCGGAAGGGACCGAUUCGUACGUGCUCAAGGUGCCCUUCGUGGAGGGACCUGCGAACCCGGAAGGAAUCCAGUAUGACAAGGUCGUGGUGCGCGUGAUCCUCCCUGAGGGAGCCACCAACGUGCGGUACGAGAUUGUCGAGGGAGCCUCCAACGGCCUUCCGGAUCCGUCUCAGAUCGUGUCCAACAUCACCAAGCACCGCACUUACAUGGACACGGUAGGCCGGACGGCGCUGAGUCUGAGUGUGGACAAUCUUUCCGACGAGGCAAGAGACUCGCAGUUGGUUGUUGUGUAUGACUACCCCUUCGCGGCAGGUCUCCGGAAGCCGCUGACCAUUUCUGCUGGCAUGCUGGCUGUCUUUGUCACAGCGUGGUUCAUUGGCAAUCUAGACGUGAGUAUCAAAAAGCGAUGA